AUGUCUGAAGCUGCUGCUGAUUUACAAACAGGCACAGCUGCUCAAAACACUCCUGUCGAGAAGACUUCCUUCGACAGUUCCCAAGUUUCCACUCCAACCAAUGUCGGUUCCAAGAACGACUUGGAUGUGGACCACUCCAACGCCGAAAUCGAAGCUGAGCUUCCAAAGAAGCCUGCUUCCGCUUACAUCACUGUCUCCAUUCUAUGUUUAAUGGUUGCCUUUGGUGGUUUCGUUUUCGGUUGGGAUACCGGUACGAUUUCCGGUUUCGUGAACCAAACUGAUUUCUUGAGAAGAUUUGGUUCCAAGCGUCACAAUGGUACUCACUACUUGUCCAAUGCUAGAACUGGUUUGAUUGUUUCCAUUUUCAACAUCGGUUGUGCUAUUGGUGGUAUUAUUUUAUCAAAAGCCGGUGAUAUGUACGGUCGUCGUAUUGGUUUGAUGUUUGUUGUUGUUGUUUACGUUGUUGGUAUCAUUAUUCAAAUCGCUUCCAUCAACAAAUGGUACCAAUACUUCAUCGGUAGAAUUAUCUCUGGUUUGGGUGUCGGUGGUAUUGCCGUGUUGUCCCCAAUGUUGAUUUCUGAAACUGCUCCAAAGCAAUUGAGAGGUGCUUUGGUGUCUUGUUACCAAUUGAUGAUUACUUUCGGUAUCUUCUUGGGUUACUGUACGAACUACGGUACCAAGACUUACUCCAACUCUGUCCAAUGGAGAGUCCCAUUGGGUCUAUGUUUCGCCUGGGCCAUUUUUAUGAUUUGCGGUAUGUUGUUUGUGCCAGAAUCCCCAAGAUACUUGAUUGAAAAGGACAGAAUCGAAGAAGCCAAGGCUUCUAUCGCCAAGUCUAACAAGGUUUCCAUUGACGAUCCAGCUGUCCAAGCUGAAGCUGAUUUGUUGAUUGCCGGUGUUGAAGCUGAAAGAAUGGCUGGUUCUGCUUCUUUCAAGGAAUUGUUCUCCACAAAGACCAAGGUUUUCCAACGUUUGAUUAUGGGUAUUAUGAUGCAAUCUUUCCAACAAUUGACUGGUGAUAACUAUUUCUUCUACUAUGGUACUACCAUUUUCAAGGCUGUCGGUUUGAAGGAUUCUUUCGAAACUUCUAUUGUCUUGGGUAUUGUUAACUUCGCUUCCACCUUUAUUGGUAUCUACGUCGUUGGUAGAUUUGGCCGUCGUCAAUGUUUGCUAUGGGGUGCCGCCACAAUGACCUGCUGUAUGGUUGUGUUUGCUUCUGUCGGUGUUACCAGAUUAUGGCCUCAUGGUCCAAACGCUGGUAUCUCUUCUAAGGGUGCUGGUAACUGUAUGAUUGUCUUCACCUGUUUCUACAUUUUCUGUUUCGCUACCACAUGGGCUCCAGUUGUUUACGUUGUCGUCUCUGAAUCUUACCCAUUGAGAGUCAAGUCCAAGUGUAUGGGUAUUGCCACUGCUGCCAACUGGAUCUGGGGUUUCUUGAUCAGUUUCUUCACUCCAUUUAUUACCUCUGACAUCCACUUCUACUACGGUUACGUCUUCAUGGGUUGUUUGGUUGCCAUGUUCUUCUACGUCUUCUUCUUUGUCCCAGAAACCAAGGGUCUAACUUUGGAAGAAGUCGAUGAAAUGUGGUUGGAAGGUGUCUUGGCAUGGAAGUCUACCUCAUGGGUUCCACCAUCCAGAAGAGGCGCUGACUACAACGUCGACGACUUGCAACAUGACGACAAGCCAUGGUACAAGGCCAUGAUGAAGCAUUAA